CUUGGACGCUCAAGCGGAAAAGAUCCUCGGUCUUCAUCUUUAAAGAAAACUCUUCAAUUGGAUAACUUAAGGAUAGCCCAGAAAGUGCAAAAGAAAAGGGUACAUCAUGGAUCGCGAUGAGGCCUCCACCUCGACCUGCGAGGGCAAGUCACUGGAGGAGAUACCCGUGGCGGAGGGCCUGGAGGCCACCCAGCCCGUCAGCUUCCUGAGCCUGUUCAAGUUCUCCACGUACUGGGAGAUCUUCUGGCUCUUUGUCGGAUUCGUAAUGUGCUGCAUCAAGGCUCUCACCUUGCCCGCCGUGGUCAUCAUCUACAGCGAGUUCACCUCCAUGCUGGUAGACAGGGCCAUGAUGUUCGGGACCAGCUCCAAGGUCCAUGCUCUGCCACUCUUUGGUGGUGGGAAAACGCUCACAAAUGCCACUCAAACGGAAAAUAGUGAAGCCCUCUACGACGACUCCAUUUCUUAUGGCAUCCUUCUGACCAUUGCCUCCGUGGUGAUGUUUAUUUCCGGAAUCUUCUCGGUUGACAUUUUCAACAUGGUGGCUCUGCGUCAGGUUACCAGGAUGAGGAUCAAGCUCUUCACCUCCGUAAUGCGUCAGGACAUAGGAUGGCACGACCUGGCCAGCAAACAGAACUUUACCCAGAGCAUGGUGGAUGAUGUGGAGAAGAUACGCGACGGCAUCUCUGAAAAAGUGGGCCACUUUGUUUAUCUCGUUGUGGGCUUCAUUAUAACAGUGGCUAUAUCCUUUGCCUAUGGCUGGAAACUAACCUUGGCAGUGAGCUCCUACAUACCCCUAGUGAUUUUGGUCAACUACUAUGUGGCAAAGUUCCAAGGGAAACUGACUGCCCGGGAGCAAGAGUCCUACGCGGGAGCUGGUAACCUGGCAGAGGAAAUCCUGAGUGCCAUUCGCACAGUUGUAUCCUUUGGAGGUGAAAAGCAGGAAGUGGAGAGGUAUGAAAACUUUCUGGUGCCCGCCCGCAAGGCUAGCCAGUGGAAAGGAGCCUUUUCUGGUCUGAGUGAUGCUGUCCUGAAGUCCAUGCUCUAUCUCUCCUGUGCCGGAGCCUUCUGGUACGGAGUGAAUCUCAUUAUAGACGACCGCGGCGUUGAGGACAAGGAAUACACCCCAGCUAUCCUGAUGAUCGCCUUCUUCGGUAUUAUUGUGGGCGCGGAUAACAUAGCCAGGACUGCACCCUUUCUAGAGUCUUUUGCCACGGCCCGGGGCUGUGCCACAAACCUGUUCAAAGUCAUCGAUCUGACCUCCAAGAUCGAUCCUCUCUCCACUGAUGGCAAGAUCCUAAAUUACGGGCUUCGGGGCGACGUGGAGUUCCAGGAUGUCUUCUUCCGCUAUCCCUCCCGACCCGAGAUCAUUGUCCAUCGGGGCCUGAAUAUUAGAAUCAAAGCGGGCCAAACGGUGGCUCUGGUGGGGUCCUCCGGCUGUGGAAAGUCCACCUGCGUCCAGCUGCUCCAGCGGUUCUACGAUCCCGUGUUUGGUUCUGUACUGCUGGAUGAUCUUGACAUCAGAAAGUACAACAUUCAGUGGCUCCGUUCGAACAUAGCCGUGGUGGGUCAGGAGCCAGUGCUCUUUUUGGGCACCAUAGCGCAAAACAUUAGCUACGGCAGGCCGGGGGCAACUCAGAAAGAUAUUGAAGCGGCUGCUACUCAGGCGGGAGCUCAUGAAUUUAUUAGUAACCUUCCGGAGAGCUACCGCACAAUGAUCGGGGAGCGGGGAUCCCAGCUGUCUGGUGGCCAGAAGCAGCGCAUUGCCAUCGCCCGAGCCCUGGUCCAGAAUCCCAAAAUCCUGCUCCUGGACGAAGCGACCUCCGCUUUGGACUACCAGUCAGAGAAACAAGUUCAGCAGGCCUUGGACUUAGCCAGCAAGGGAAGAACCACGAUUGUGGUGUCCCAUCGAUUGUCUGCCAUUCGCGGAGCGGAUAAAAUCGUAUUCAUUCAUGACGGAAAGGUCCUCGAAGAGGGCUCCCACGAUGAUCUAAUGACCUUGGAGGGGGCCUACUACAACAUGGUUCGUGCUGGCGAUAUCAAAUUGAUCGACGAUGUGGAAAAAGAGGACAAUAUUGAGGAAGCCAAACGCAAAAGCCUGGCUUUGUAUGAGAAGUCUUUUGAGACGAGUCCUUUGAACUUUGAAAAGGGUCAAAAGAACAGCGUCCAGUUCGACGAGCCCAUAAUAAAGCCCAGUGCCAAGGACACUAAUGCUCAGGUCGUGGAAGCCCCGGCUGAGAAGCCGAACUUCUUCCGCACAUUCACCAGGAUUAUACGACUUGCCCGUCCGGAGUGGUGCUACCUCAUCCUGGGCACCAUUAGUGCCAUAGCCGUGGGCUGCUUGUAUCCUGCCUUUGCCAUCAUUUUUGGUGAAUUCUAUGCAGCUCUUGCGGAACAGAACCCGGAGGAUGCCCUAAGGAGAACAGCAGUGCUUUCGUGGGCGUGUUUGGGCCUGGCCUUCUUGACAGGAUUGGUGUGCUUCCUGCAAACGUACCUGUUCAACUACGCCGGAAUUUGGCUCACGACCAGGAUGCGAGCCAUGACGUUUAAAGCCAUGGUUAGCCAGGAAGUUGGCUGGUUCGACGACGAAGAUAACUCAGUGGGAGCCCUGUCAGCCCGGCUGUCCGGCGAGGCAGUUGGAGUCCAGGGAGCCAUUGGCUAUCCCCUGAGCGGCAUGAUCCAGGCCUUGUCCAAUUUCAUCUCCAGUAUCACCGUUGCCAUGUACUACAACUGGAAGUUGGCCUUGUUGUGCUUGGCCAAUUGCCCCAUAAUUAUAGGUUCCGUCAUCCUGGAAGCCAAAAUGAUGUCCACGGCCCUAAUUAGGGAGAAGCAGGUCAUCGAGGAGGCCUGCCGCAUUGCCACGGAGUCUAUAACGAAUAUUCGCACCGUGGCCGGCUUAAGACGGGAGGCGGACGUUAUCCGGGAGUACACGGAGGAGAUCCAGCGGGUGGAGGUGCUCAUUAGACAGAAGCUGCGAUGGCGCGGAAUUCUCAACUCAACCAUGCAGGCUUCGGGCUUCUUCGCCUAUGCGGUUGCUCUUUGUUACGGCGGUGUUCUGGUUUCUGAGGGUCAGCUUCCCUUCCAGGAUAUCAUCAAGGUCUCUGAAACCCUCUUGUACGGAUCCAUGAUGCUGGCCCAAUCCCUGGCCUUUACGCCCGCUUUCUCCGCCGCUCUGGUGGCCGGCCAUCGUCUCUUCCAGACCCUGGACCGCAAACCCAAGAUCCAGUCUCCCAUGGGCACUAUCAAAAAUACUCUGGCGAAGCAAUUGAAUCUCUUCGAGGGAGUUCGGUAUCGUGGAAUUCAGUUCCGAUACCCCACGCGCCCAGAUGCCAAGAUUCUGAACGGCUUAGAUCUAGAGGUGCUCAAAGGUCAGACCGUAGCCUUGGUGGGCCAUUCCGGGUGCGGCAAGUCCACAUGUGUCCAGCUGCUGCAGCGCUAUUACGAUCCCGAUGAGGGCAGUAUUCACAUUGACCACGACGAUAUCCAGCAUGACCUCACCUUGCAAGGAGUGAGGUCCCGACUGGGCAUUGUUUCCCAGGAGCCCACACUCUUUGAGCGUACCAUUGCCGAAAACAUAGCCUACGGAGACAAUGGCCGAUCGGUGCCCAUGGCCGAGAUAAUUGCAGCUGCCAAGAGCGCCAAUGCCCACAGCUUCAUAAUUUCCCUCCCCAAUGGCUAUGAUACCCGGAUGGGAGCCCGGGGCACUCAGUUGUCCGGCGGACAGAAACAACGCAUCGCUAUUGCCCGGGCCCUGGUGAGGAACCCCAAGAUUCUCCUUCUGGACGAAGCCACCUCUGCUCUGGACUUGCAGAGCGAGCAGUUGGUGCAACAGGCCCUGGACUCUGCCUGUUCCGGAAGGACCUGCAUCGUAAUAGCCCAUCGUCUGUCCACUGUCCAGAAUGCGGAUGUGAUCUGUGUCAUCCAGAACGGUGAGGUAGUGGAGCAGGGCAACCACAGUCAGCUAAUUUCCCAAGGCGGGAUCUACGCCAAGCUGCAUAAAACCCAAAAAGAUCACUGAAAUACUCAUCAGCUACUAUUGUUACUUUUUUUAAAUGUCUACACU